ACCGAUAGUUUGUCGAUUGUUUAAUAUUUGGCUAGUAAAUUUGCUGUUGUACCAAUCAUCGUCCUGCCUUUUUUAUCUCGUUAAGUUUUUCGGUGUUUCCGAUUUCUCUGAAAUCACGACUUCCAUUGCGUUGAAAAUUUUUAACGUAGUGCAUAACAAAAUAUAAUAUGUCGGGCAAUGACUGUAGAAUAUACGUAGGAAAUCUGCCACCGGAUAUACGGUCAAAAGACAUUCAAGAUUUGUUUUAUAAGUUCGGCAAAGUGUUGUUUGUCGAUUUGAAAAACCAAAGAGGACCCCCUUUUGCAUUUGUCGAAUUCGAUGAUCCAAGAGAUGCUGAAGAUGCCGUUCAUGCUAGAGAUGGAUAUGACUAUGAUGGAUACAGAUUAAGAGUGGAAUUUCCACGGGGUAAUGGGCCACACAGAGGUGGUGGUAGUGGAGGUGGCGGAAGUGGAGGUGGCGGUUACAGUAGAGGAGGUGCCAGUGGAGGAGGCGGAAGAACUAGAGGACCACCAGCAAGACGCUCCCAGUAUAGAGUAUUAGUUACUGGAUUGCCACCAUCGGGUAGUUGGCAAGACUUAAAAGACCACAUGCGAGAAGCCGGAGAUGUUUGCUAUGCUGAUGUUUAUAAAGAUGGAUCUGGUGUUGUAGAAUUUUUACGUUAUGAUGACAUGAAAUAUGCAGUUCGUAAAUUGGAUGAUACAAGAUUCAGAUCACAUGAGGGUGAAGUAUCCUAUAUUCGCGUUAAGGAUGAUUAUGGUGGUGGAAGUAGCCAUCGUAGUCGAGAUUACAGCCGAAGCCGGAGUCGUUCCAAUAGUUACUCUCCACGAGAUCGUGCUUCACCGACCUAUUCACCAGUGCACAAAAGUCGCAGUUAUUCAAGAUCCCGAUCCCGAUCCCGUUCAUAA